AUGCUCUCUCGCUCACGCGCCUACUCCUGCUCCCGCCGCUGGCUCCGGCUCCCGCCGCCUGCCGCCACUCCCCUCUCCCGCCCCCUGCUCCCACCUCCAGCCGCCAUGCCUGCUCACACCGCCUGCUCUCCCUCUCACGUCGCCGCUCACGUUCCCGUCGCCCGCUCCAGCUCCCGUCGCCUGUCGCCUGCCGCCACCCCCUCUCCUGCCCCCUGUUGUCCAGCUCCCGCCGCCUGCCGCCACCCCCCUCUCCCGCCCCUGUUGCCACCUCCGGCCGUCAUGCCCGCGCGCGCUGCCUGCUCAGCUCCCAUCGCCCGCUCCUGCUCCACCUCCUCAACACUACUGCCUUGUUGUUGA